ACCGCAGCCCACGGACCCCCGAACCCCCCAGCCCCGGGGCUGCGCGGGGGCCCUCCAACGGCCCUCAGCAAUCCAAAGCGCCCACGCCGCCCGCGCCCAUCCCAGCGCGCCGCGCUGAUGACUCAUCAGUCGGCCGGGAAGACGCCUCGAAAAAAGGGCCGCGCGACUUGCGCCCUCAGCCAAGCCAAGCGGCGCCCCAAACCCCCAAAACGGCACGCCGCGCGGGCUGGUUUGGGGGCUGUCAGGGCAGCUGUCCGGCGGCUGGGCAUGGAGCGUGGUGCGGGGAGCGCUGGGGGCCGUGCUGGCGGUCGCUGGAUGGUGCUGGGAGCCGCCCCGCGGCUGCGGGCGAGGAGCUGUGGAGGGGUGUUCCAGUGGAUGGGAAAGGCUGAGUGUCACUUCAUCAGCGGCACCGAGUGGGUGAGGUACGUGCAGAGGUACAUCUACAACCGGGAGCAGUACGCCCACUUCGACAGCGAUGUGGGGGUCUUUGUGGGGGACACCCCGUAUGGAGAAUUCUGGGCCAGGCAAUGGAACAACAACCCCGAAAUUCUGGAGUACGAACGGGGUGAAGUGGACAGGCUCUGCCGGCACAACUACAAACUUGGUGCUCCGUUCAGAGUGCAGAGGAGAGUGCCCCCCAGCGUGUCCAUCUCGCUGGUGCCGUCGAGCUCCCAGCCCGGCCCCGGCCGCCUGCUCUGCUCCGGGAUGGAUUUCUACCCUGCGCCGGUGCAGGUGAGGUGGUUCCAGGAUGGGCAGGAGCUGCCGGAGCACGUGGUGGCCACCGACGUGGUCCCCAACGGGGACUGGACCUACCAGGUGCUGGUGCUGCUGGAAAUCCCCCCCCGGCGCGGGGUCACCUACAGCUGCCAGGUGGAGCACGUCAGCCUGGAGCACCCCCUCAGCCGGCACUGGGAGAUGCCACCGGACACCGUCCGCAGCAAGAUCCUGGUGGGGGUCGGGGGCUUCGUCUUGGGCUUGGUCUUCCUGGCGCUGGGGCUCGGCUUCUACCUGCGGGAGAAGGUAAAGGGGGGUCCCCAAAUGGGGGUCGUGUCCCCACCUUUCCCAGAGCUUAGCUCCUGA